GAUCCCGCGGCUGCGGCGACGGCGGCCGCGGCGGAGCCACGGGUCGGGCUCCGCUCCGUGUGACGGCGGCCGCGGCGGCGGUGGCGGCCGCGACCAGGUCGGCGUCCUGGCCAAGCAUGGUGACAGCCUGUGCCCUCGGCCCCCUCGUCUGGCGCAGCCGGAAGAGCCGCCAGCCUCGGGCGCCGAUGGCCCCCCGUGUGAGGGAGUGAGCAGCCCGGCCCUGCCCUACGGAUUGAGGGGGGACGCAGCGGCCGAGUGACCCGAGACCACGCUGCUGACCCCCUCCCACCAGCUAACGAAUGGUGGACCGAGCGAUGAGUGACCCGCGUCAGGGUCCUGGAAUGACGGUGGGAAGCAGGGCAUGAGCGACCCCCGUGGUCCCCUGUAACUUCUUGGUAGAAGUAGUGAGUGGUCGCGGUGCCCCAGGCCGACUCAGCGGACCCUCCCGGCUGUCGCCCCAGCUGAUGGGGCCACUGGGGCGCCGAGCAGCCGCGUGACCGUCCAGACCCCACCCUGCCCAGCCAUGGCCGGUGCCGAGGGCUUCCAGUACCGCGCGCUGUACCCGUUCCGCCGGGAGCGGCCGGAGGACCUGGAGCUGCUGCCCGGCGACGUGCUGGUGGUGAGCCGGGCGGCCCUGCAGGUGCUGGGCGUGGCCGAGGGCAGCGAGCGCUGCCCACAGACCGUGGGCUGGAUGCCCGGCCUCAACGAGCGCACGCGGCAGCGAGGCGACUUCCCCGGCACCUACGUCGAGUUCCUGGGUCCCGUAGCCCUGGCCCGGCCUGGCCCUCGGCCACGUGGCCCCCGCCCACUGCCCGCCAGGCCCCGUGAUGGGCCCCCUGAGCCAGGCCUCACGCUCCCUGACCUGCCAGAGCAGUUCUCCCCCCCUGAUGUGGCCCCCCCUCUCCUGGUGAAGCUCGUAGAGGCCAUUGAGCGGACAGGGCUGGACAGCGAAUCCCUCUACAGGCCUGAGCUGCCCGCCCCGCGCACAGACUGGUCCCUAAGCGACGUGGAGCAGUGGGACGCCACAGCCCUGACAGAUGGCGUCAAGAGCUUCCUGCUGGCGCUGCCCGCGCCCCUCGUGACGCCCGAGGCUGCGGCCGAGGCGCGCCGGGCCCUGCGGGAGGCCACGGGGCCCGUGGGGCCGGCGCUGGAGCCUCCGACGCUGCCACUACACCGCGCGCUCACGCUGCGCUUCCUACUCCAGCACCUGGGCCGGGUGGCCCGGCGUGCCCCGACUCAGGGCCCCGCGGUGCGUGCCCUGGGCGCCACCUUUGGGCCGCUGCUGCUGCGCACGCCGCCGCCCUCGCCGCCGCCAGGGGGCGCGCCCGACGGGACUGAGCCCAGCCCCGACUUCCCAGCGUUGCUGGUGGAGAAGUUGCUUCAGGAACAUCUGGAGGAGCAGGAGGUCGCACCCCCAGCGCUGCCGCCUAAACCCCCCAAGGCCAAGCCAGCCCCUGCCAGCCUUGCCAACGGGGGGAGCCCGCCCUCGCUGCAGGAUGCCGAGUGGUACUGGGGUGACAUCUCCAGGGAGGAGGUGAACGAGAAACUCCGGGACACGCCUGACGGCACCUUUCUGGUCCGAGAUGCAUCUAGCAAGAUCCAGGGGGAAUACACGCUGACUCUCAGGAAAGGCGGGAACAACAAGCUGAUUAAGGUCUUCCAUCGCGACGGGCACUAUGGCUUCUCAGAGCCGCUCACCUUCUGCUCCGUUGUGGACCUCAUCACCCACUACCGCCACGAGUCACUGGCCCAGUACAAUGCCAAACUGGACACACGGCUCCUCUACCCAGUGUCCAAGUACCAGCAGGACCAGAUCGUCAAGGAGGACAGCGUGGAGGCGGUGGGUGCCCAGCUCAAAGUCUAUCACCAGCAGUACCAGGACAAGAGCCGAGAGUAUGACCAGCUCUACGAGGAGUACACACGCACCUCUCAGGAACUGCAGAUGAAGCGGACGGCAAUUGAGGCCUUCAAUGAGACCAUCAAGAUCUUUGAAGAGCAGGGCCAGACCCAAGAGAAGUGUAGCAAGGAAUAUCUGGAGCGCUUCCGCCGAGAGGGCAAUGAGAAGGAGAUGCAGAGGAUCCUGCUGAACUCAGAGCGGCUCAAGUCUCGCAUCGCGGAGAUUCAUGAGAGCCGCACUAAGCUGGAGCACGAGCUGCGUGCACAGGCCUCGGACAACCGAGAGAUCGACAAGCGCAUGAACAGCCUCAAGCCGGACCUCCUGCAGCUGCGCAAGAUCCGCGACCAGUACCUCGUGUGGCUUACCCAGAAAGGUGCCCGGCAGAAGAAAAUCAACGAGUGGUUGGGGAUCAAAAACGAGACUGAGGACCAGUAUGCCCUGAUGGAGGAUGAGGAUGAUCUCCCCCACCACGAGGAACGCACGUGGUACGUGGGCAAGAUCAACCGGACGCAGGCUGAGGAAAUGCUGAGUGGCAAGCGGGAUGGUACCUUCCUCAUCCGUGAGAGCAGCCAGCGGGGCUGCUACGCCUGCUCUGUGGUGGUGGACGGCGACACCAAGCACUGUGUCAUCUACCGCACGGCCACGGGCUUCGGCUUCGCGGAGCCCUACAACCUGUACGGGUCGCUGAAGGAGCUGGUGCUGCACUACCAGCACGCCUCGCUGGUGCAGCACAACGACGCGCUCACCGUCACGCUCGCCCACCCCGUGCGCGCCCCCGGCCCCGGGCCCCCGCCGGCUGCGCGCUGAGCGCCUGGUGCCGGCCGGACGCUGGGCUGGCAGUCCCGUCUCUCUGUCGCUGUCCCUUCGUCCGGGUUUUCUGUCCUGUCUCCUGUACGAAUCUCUUCCUGUUUCUCCUUCCAUUUCUCUCUCUGAACCUCUCUCCGUCUCUGCCUGCCCUUCCGUCUCUUUCCCUUCCCACCCAUCUGUCCUUCUCUCUGUCUGUGUGUCUGUGUCUCUGGGUUGGGGGGUCCUACCUCCCCAGCCCCAUACCCCCACCCUCCUUCAUGGGCACUGCCCUCCCCAAGGCUCCGGCCACCCCUAAUCCUGUGCCCUGCUCCCCCUCCCCUGGGGUCCCUGAGCCCCACCUGGCUGCCCCUGCCAUGUUUACAGAGGCCCCUGGGCUGCGCAGCCCCAGCCUGGGUACCCCAAUUUUUAAGCCAUAGACCUGGGGUCACGGCAGGAAGGAACUUUACUCAGCCACUUCCAGGAACCUCGGCUGGGACAUUCUGGGCCGGGCGGGACCCGCCCCACAGACCCCAACUUCCCCUCCGAACCCUGAAGUGAAACCACCGCUCGGUUAUCCCCACGCAGGGGCCGCCGCCAAGAAGUACCCCCCAAAAAAGGCAAAGAAUUCAAAAUAAACUCACAAGCCGGCCCCACCCGGCACCAGGCUUCCCAGAAAUAGGGGCCCCCCCGGCCCCGCUUGGGUGGCUGAGACGCAUCACUGCCCACGGCACCUCUGCUCAGUGCAGGUUCAAGGCUUCUCCUCGAUCAUGUUGGGUUCUGAUUUUAUUUUCUUCUUGACUGUAAAGCCCCUUUUUCUCUCCUCUUUUGGGACGAGAGCCCUGGUUUUCUACACUCCCCGCGGACACCCCCCCCCUCCCGGCCUGCCCAGCGAGGCUGGCCGGCUGAUUUUGUAUGGUACGUUCAUGCUGGUACGGAUAUAAAACAUCGAACAUGUG